UCCAUGGAUCCACUUCUUCACAACCCCACUCUUCCGCUGUCUUGCACACAAGUGUUCGGACCGAACAGCCACAUUACCAUAAAAGAUGACGAGUGUACACUAAAAGUCUCCAAAAAGAUCGAUCCUAAACUAGUGGAGCCACCACCGGCCCCGUGUGAAUGUCCGCCGGUAUCCCAGCGCCCUCCACGCCCGUGCCGGUGAUGCCAUGCCGAGGGGUCACGGCGGCGACGAGAGCGGCGGCGGUUGUGGUGUCGGUGUUGUCGGUUCCGGAAUCUGGCUCAAGACUUCCCCGGGACGCCUGGCGCGGGACUUCCCCCCGAGGGAUGUGGAGUUCGGCCAGACGACGAUGAACCACGCGGUCGUGGCCGGGGAUGGGUUUGGGCCGCCCGGUGCCGCCGACCGGAGGAAGCAUGGCGCCCGGCUCAGCCUGCUGGGCAAGCCGCUGGCGUACAGCGCGCAGGGCGGCCGGAGGAACGCGCGCUACCGUUGGCUCCAGAACUACCUGUACAACGUUUUGGAGAGACCCCGAGAGUGGGCGUUCGUCUACCACGCUUUUGUGUUCAUCCUGGUGUUUGGAUGCUUGGUGCUGUCCGUGUUUUCCACCAUUCCUGCUCACCAGGAAUUCUCCUCGCACUGUCUUCUCAUUCUGGAGUUUGUGAUGAUCGUCGUGUUUGGUCUGGAGUACAUCAUCCGAAUAUGGAGCGCCGGCUGCUGCUGUCGCUACCGAGGCUGGCAAGGACGCCUCCGCUUUGCCCGGAAGCCAUUUUGUAUCAUCGACAUCAUCGUGCUGAUCGCCUCCGUCGCCGUGGUUUCCGCCGGCAGCCAGGGCAACAUCUUCGCCGCCUCGGCCCUGCGCAGCCUCCGCUUCCUCCAGAUCGUGCGCAUGGUGCGCAUGGACCGGCGGGGAGGGACCUGGAAGCUGCUGGGCUCUGUCGUCUACGCCCAUAGCAAGGAGCUGGUGACAGCGUGGUACAUCGGCUUCCUGGUGCUCAUCUUCUCCUCCUUCCUUGUCUACUUGGUGGAGAAAGAGGAAAACAAGGACUUUGCCACCUAUGCCGAUGCUCUUUGGUGGGGCACGAUCACUCUAACCACCAUCGGCUACGGUGAUAAGACGCCGCAAACUUGGACUGGGAGGUUGUUGUCUGCCGGCUUUGCUCUCCUGGGAAUCUCCUUCUUUGCCUUGCCUGCUGGCAUUCUGGGUUCAGGUUUUGCCCUAAAAGUACAGGAGCAACAUCGGCAGAAGCACUUUGAAAAGAGACGCAAUCCUGCAGCCAGUCUCAUCCAGGCAGCUUGGCGUCUGUACUCCACUGAUGGUGCUCGUCCCUACCUCCACGCCACCUGGUAUCACUACCAAAGCGCCCUCCCCCCCCUCAGGAAAGAGCAGGGCGAGACCGCAUACAGUGAGGGUCACAGGAAAUUCUUCCGAAGGUAUACUAGGAAAUACAGGAGUCAAAAGUUGAGCUUCAAGGAGCGAGUCCGCUUGGCAAGCCCGCGGGGGCAGAGCGUGAAGAGCCGCCAGGCGUCUAUUAACGACCGCCAGCGCUGUUCCCCCGGCAACGAGGCUGCGAGCGGCUGCGGUGAGCUAAUUGGCCAAAGCCCCACCAAAGUGCAAAAGAGCUGGAGCUUCAAUGACCGCACAAGGUUCCGACCCUCGCUCAGGCUCAAGAGUCAGACGCGCAACACACCUUCAGACGUGGACGCCGGCAUGACCACGGAAGAUUCCCAGGACGAGCGAGGCUGCCACUGCGACAUCACGGCCGAGGACUUGUCCGCUCCCCUUAAGGCCGUGAUCAGAGCUGUCAGGAUCAUGAGUUUCCACGUGGCCAAGAAGAAGUUCAAGGAGACGCUGCGUCCGUACGACGUGAAAGACGUGAUCGAGCAGUACUCGGCGGGACACCUGGACAUGCUGUGUCGCAUCAAAAGCCUUCAGACCAGACUAGAUACGGUUGUAGGUCCUGCUCCGAGACCCCUCAGCCGACACGCCAAGACCUUUUCCUCACCCUCCCUGCAUUUGUAUCACAAUCAGGCCCGGAGGAAGUCGUCCACGCCGGGACAGGCCAACUUGAGUAGUCGACUCAGGAACAUGUCCUCCCCCGCCCUGCAUUACAAUUAUGGCAACAGGAAGAAGAGCUCAGCCUCAGGGGUGGAUCAAAUCCUGGGCAAAGGCCAAAUUGCCGUGGAUAAGAGGAUGAGGGACAAACUGAACCCGGACGGAGAUGCCCACGAUGGCGUCAGCAUGCUGGGCCGUGUAUGUAAAGUGGAGAGGCAGGUUUCCUCCAUCGAGUCCAAGUUAGACUCCCUUCUGGACGUGUACCGCCAAGUCCUGCAGCGUGGUCCGUCCGCUUUGGCCCUGUCCUCGCUGCCGCUUUUCGAGCUGGACCGCCACCGUGACUGCGACUACCAGACCUCCAUCCUGGACCGAGACCCGCCUUCCCCGCAGGGAAGCGACAGCAACGCCCACCCCAGGGGUCUUCGGCUCAUCCUGGCCCCGGCCGACAGCGAUGAGGGUCCGCCGGACUCUGCGCCUCCGUCCUACCCGCCGUCCACCGCCUCGCUGUCCCCGUCACCCUUGCUGCCGCCUGACAGCCCCUACCCCACGCUGGUCACCCCCAACGGCACCAGGCGGGCGCAUUUCCCCGACCUGCCUCCUCCUCCACCUUCCGCGGGGGGCUUCACCCUCCAGUUGCCCCCCGUCAUGCACCCCUCCCACCUGCGCUGCCCCGUGUCGGAUGGCGUGGUGGCACACAGGGGCGGCCCGGGCCCCUCCGUCGUGGUGGAACCCGGCGAGAAGACGGGCUACGUGCAGCUACGGGAGAAACCCGGCUCGAAAUCCGACGCCACCUGGAGGCGGCACGUGAGCCUGGAGGUGGACCCCUUGCUCAUGUUGUCGCCGGGCGACGUCCCGGCGGCACCCGACUGGGGGGGCGCCCUUGCCAAGUCUCUCUCCAUGCACAAUCUCAAUCGACACGGGGGCGAGGGCUGGAGCGGGAGCGGACUCUUCAUUUGCGAGCGCACAUCGCCGACCCCCGGUGAGCAUUUAGACUCUGACAGGAACCCAGCUGUGGAGCAAGACGUGCUGGGUUCGGACUUUCUUGAUCAGUCGCCGCAUAUCCAGCUGGCCUGACGACACCAACAGAUGCACACACAAAGUUACUGUAUGCCGCUCUUCAGGAGGCCUCUUUAACAGGAAAUGACUUAUUUCCUAGCUUGUGAAUGUCUUGCUAUAUUUUGUUCAUUCUCAUCAACUUUGUUUCACGCCGUGUACUUAGUAGGCAAAAGACUAUUUGGCUUUCAGCUGAAAUUUCUGGACCAUCCUAAACCUGAUAUGUCCAUUAGAGAAAGUCAAAUUUAGUUAUAGUGCCUUUCCUGUUCAUUCUGAAAUUUCGCUCGACGCCGGUUUCGCGAGUCGUACAUGUGUGAAAGCGGGCAAAUGUAUGCCAAGCACAUUGCGGUGUCACAAAAUCUCAAAUGAGCUGCCGGUUGCGGACUAGCGGUUAGCAACGCUAACAAAAAAAAAACGAACAAGAACGCACUGCACGUUGUCUCCCAUGAACACUAUCGAUCAAUCGUAUCAAUAUCAACUGAUUUUUCUAUACUAUAAUUUGGUUCUAGAUUUUUUAAAGAUUAUGAUUAAAUUGAAUGAAACUUUUUCUUUUGACAACUCUUGUAUUUGGAUGCUGGUUGCCCCAAUAUAUGAAAUAAAGACGAUUGACCGUUUAGUAAACCGCACCCACUUAAAUGCAGACCGGCCAAUCGGAGCAUGUAACCUUUUUUUUAAUUUCUUUUAUACAUAUUUGCUUUCUUUAAAGGUUAUUCCAAUGAACUCUUUGUUUAUAAAUCACACAAUUGUUACUUCGCACACCGAGCUGUAACACAUAAAAAAACAUAUACUCGUAUUCUCUCAGUGGGAACAGCAACUAUUAUUAGAGCUGAAUCGGAGAACUUCUCUGCCUCUUCUUCUCCUCGCUUUUAAUUUCCGCUGUAACUUUCCACUUGAUUUUAAUACUGUCUGGCAUUGUGGCACAACGUGAUAUUACAUUGAAGGCGCACAACUCAACCUAGACUUGCCAAUAUAUGAUCAACUCAUAUUGUCUGCUGCUGUCUGCGAUGUAUUUGUAUUAUAUGUAAAGUAGCGGUAUGCUGUCGUUAACUCAAUAGCACGAAUGCUAAUCUUGCUAGCAGCUAAUUCGGCUACCUACUGUACAUGCUCUGAGUUGAAACUUGUCUUGAUUUUUUUUUUUUUUUUUAAUUCAAAAUUAGGAGAAAAUGUAAUAUUAGCUAAUAACGCCGCAUGAUCUUAAUGCCAAGCUGUCAUGUUUGACGUCAUUCAUUUAUUAGGAAAAUAUACAGGAGGAUAAGGAAGAUCUCUCUGAAUAAUUUUACAUUACGCGCACGUAAACAUACUGGAAAAUGUGAUAUUUCGGAUGGCGCUUUUUAUGUUUUAACACCGAUGUGUGUUAUCAUCUGUCAAUAAGAGGCCAAUUUGAAUCCUUUUGCGGCAAACCCAUAUGAUUCGUGUCAAACUCGUCCUCAUAUUUCAAAAACGUGAAUAACUAUUCUGUUGCUCUUGUCUCAGAUUGCUUCCAGACUGACUAGUCUUAAAUGUAUUUAACUUGUUAUGGACUACCCUUAAUCUGCCCAUUAUAUUCUCUUGUUAGCAAGAAUUUUGUAACAGGCCAGUGUAUUUCAAUAUGUUGCUGCUGGUAUGAUGCUUUACAAAAAGCACCUGAAAAUGUGACACACCACACUAGUUGAAUGUGUCUUAAUGUUGGAGAGUAGUGAUUGAAAACUUUGACUAACAAAGAAAGAAAUCAUGUUCAAGAAUCUGUUAAUCACUUAACGCUACUCUUUGGUUUGUGUACUGUAGUUUACCAAUGAAUGCCAUAUUAUUUUCAUAUCACACUGCUUCGUUUGGGGAUCAUUUGUCAAUCAAGUUUGUUCAACUCUUGUUCCAGUCUCCACUGAUUUUUUCCAUUGUAUUUUCAUGCAUUUUGGCUAUACUGCUUGAAUGGUAAUUUAUUGUUUACUAUUACACAACGGGCCUUAAAAAGCUCGACAAUGUUAACACGAUGUUUACUUUGAAAUUAAUUUAUUACAAGUGCACAUUCAUUCUCUGGAUGAGAAAAAAGCCAAAAUGAUUUCAAAAUGAAAUACUCUUUAAUAAAAAUUUUAAGUGAA